UCCAGGAGGCGAUGUUGCAAUCUCGCAGACUGUUAUAUUCAGACACACUGUGAGCCAGCCUGCAUUCCACUGAGACAUACUCGCUCUCUCUCUCUCCCCCCCCCCCACUCCCAAUUACUGUAACUUUUGCUGAACAGGGCAGCUGUGAUUCAAGUUGCACCCUACAGCCGACUGCAAGCACGGAGACCAGUUAAAGUUUGCAAUGCUCCCCUUCGCCCUGAUCGGUUACCUUGAAGCAAUACGCCCGUGAACCACCUGCACACAAGUUGGGGUUUUUGUUGUUGCUCGAAGCACCCGCAACCUUGCUUUGGAAACUAGCACCGCUGCUGCAGGAGAAACGAACGAGACAUUUCAUACCGGGAAGGGUGCAUUUCGUGCAUUUUUAAAUUUUUGUUUGCAGAAGCGGCGUGCAAACUGUUUGAAGGAUCGGACUCUUGGGAUCACUCCUUGCUGCCACCCCCACCCAAGAGGAAGGGUUCGCCACCGAGGAAUGAAAGAGGCAUCACUGCAAGUUGCGCCCACCGCCCUCCCUGCACAUCACGGAGUACAAUCUUGCCCCGAACUCCAGGAAAAUAAAACUUCCAUCCGCUCUCCCCGGCUUUGGAGGAGAACCCUUUAGCUGCCUUGCUUUGGACCCCGAGCUGCCUUUGAUGAGUUUAAACGUGCACAGGGCGAGCCCCAUCCCGAUCCUCCGCAACGGCAGAUGGAGACCGAAGCGACUGGAGGCCGACGAGCCGGCUCCUAAGUGCCCGCGGCUGAGCGACUCUCCCCCGGACACCGCUUACUUCUCCGCCCCGGGAUCCCCCAACCCGACUCCUAGCAGCCCGUGCAGCGCCCAGGCGUGGGCUCGGAUAGGGAACUACCUCCUGCUACAAAACCUGGAGAGGGACAACGUCUUCAAGGCAAUCGGGUGCCACACCGGGAAAGAAUUCGUGUGCAAGGUUUUUGACAUCAAGCAUUACCGGGAUGAGAUCGGACCAUAUCUGCGGAUCCCACUCCACGACAACAUCACCGCUAUCGAGGAGAUAAUCCUCGGAGAGCGGAGGUGCUAUGUGUUCCUGGAGAAGGGCCACGGCGACAUGCACUUAUACAUGCGGAACCGCAAGCGCCUGGGAGAGGAGGAAGCGGCGCGGCUCUUUCACCAGAUUGUCUCGGCAGUGGCUCAUUGUCAUGAAUCGGGCAUCGUCCUGCGGGACCUCAAACUCAGGAAAUUCGUCUUUGCUGAUGAGCAGAGGAGCAGGCUGAGGCUGGAAAGCUUGGAGGAUGCUCAUAUCCUGAAAGGAAAGGAUGACUCCCUGUCUGAUAAGCAUGGAUGUCCGGCUUACGUGAGCCCAGAGAUACUGAACACGAGUGGAUGUUAUUCUGGGAAAGCAGCGGACAUCUGGAGUCUAGGCGUCAUGCUUUACACCCUCCUAGUGGGACGCUAUCCUUUCCACGAUUCCGACCCCAGUGCCCUCUUCAGUAAGAUCCGGCGCGGGCAUUUCUGCAUCCCGGACAGCGUCUCGCCUAAAGCCAAGUGUCUGAUCCGUAGCCUGCUGAGGCGCGAUCCCCCGGAGCGACUGACAGCCAGUGAGAUCCUUCUACAUCCCUGGUUCCAGGCUGCCUCUCAGCAGGCCCCUGCUGAUCAAGACAGUCCCACCUCUGACCAGACCGUCCCUGAGCCUGAGAACGACCAGCAGGAAGGCAAUUUCCUUAUCUGUUGACACCGAAGUGAGGAACUUUUGUAACAGGCUAUUGACAGGAAGAGAGACAGGAAUCAAAGUUGCCCAUCCCAAUCCUUUAUUAUUAAAUAUCCUUGCAUACACUUAACACGUAGAGCACACAUGAUCUGAAAUGGGCAUUUAACUCCCUCAGCGUGCAACCAUAUAGUAGAAUUUUCCACAACUCCAGUUAUUCGGUUGAAUCCCAAUUUAAGGCCAGUGUAGAUUAGAGUCAAAUCAGAAAACACUCAGCAGACCAGGCAGCAUCUGUAGAGAAAGAAACCGAGUUACCCUUUCAACUCGAUGACUUUUGAUAGAGCUCUUGGAAUCCUUGGUUUGUGGUGCACUUGAAGUUCAUCAUAUCCUCACGUCAAUGCUGAAACUAUUUAUUCAUUUAAAGCUUUAUUUAAAAGGCAACCAGUGCAGCCAUUUUAACUUAUUACCUGUGUAACAUUGAAAAGGCUGUGAAUUUUGCUAAUUUCUAUAUAAUUUUUUUUUGGAAAUGUCGUUUCCUCUUUGCAGGCAGGCCUUCUGUUUGAGAAGGCGAGCAGAUUCAUUUGUGGCUGUUUUCUAAGAGCCUUCCUAUGUGGUCAGGCUGUUGAGGGGAUUUCAUAACAAUUCAGAGCUGUGCCAUUUUCUAACCUUCAUGGGCCAUUCUGUCCUAGUGACAGGACUUUCCCAGUGAGAGUGCUAAAACAGGUGGAGCAGCAAACCAGAAUGUAAUGCUCACCUUACUGUUCAGACCCUGGACCAUCUGGAAACACCUCAUGUGUCAAGCCACUGAGGGUAUUAAAGCUUGGCAAUGUGAAGUGGUACCUGCAGGGUGCUCUUAGGCUAUGCACUGUCCAGUGACCAAUUUGAUAUUGUGUGGACCUUCUAAUAAAUGGAAGUAAGUGACUUCGAUGUCCUAAAAAAACGGGGAUCAGCUGAUUAUUUUUGGGUAGGUCGUGCUGAACUGGGACAGCUGCUCAGAUUGAUUAGCAGGUUAAUCGGUGACUGUAAAUUACCUCUGGUGUAUAUGGGUGGUAGGAAAAUCAGGAGCUGAUGAGCAUAUGAGAGAGAAUAGAUUACGGGGAGAUAAGGGAUUGAUGGGGGAACUGGCAUAGAGGCCAUGAGCUGAUUGGCCUCCCAUGAAGCAAGAAAUUUUCGAACACUGGCUUAGCUGUUCCGGAUGCCGAGGACUGGAUGAGUUGACCUUCCUGGGAAAUGCCCGUGAGUUGGAAAGGGCUCCAAGCAUCAAGUAGUCUGCUGGUAUUGUACCACUGGCGUCUGGCAGGCAUUUAAAAGUGAUAGAAAUAAAUUCACAAAACUAAAAAUUACUAAACAUAUUUAAUUAAAAACAUCUUAAAAUACUAAUAAGUAAUUAUGAACAUUAAUACUUUACUGCAAAACACAUCUAGAAUCUCUCUCCAGCACGUCAGCCACUGAGCUCAACGGUGUCUCUAAUAGGAAGUGUGAGGUCAGAUGUGCUGGUGUCUGACCUCCUGCUUGUUGUGGGCUUCUGCCUUUGGCUGAACAUGUGUGGUGGUCUGAGGCAAAUUGAGCCAAGAACUGUUGAUAGAAUCUCACAGUACUUGUGCUUUCCUUUCUGGUUUUAUGUAGUCAUAUGGCUCUCGUUAUUCUACAACUUCUCAGUUAACCAUCAUGUUAUGUAUAAGAUUGUUAUAACCCAGUGAAAGAACGGUCUCUAUUUUUAGUAGAGAACUCUUCCUUAUCAGCUCAGGAUAAUGGCAUAAUCCUAUAAGCCCUCCUUCCCAUCAUGUACCACAAACAAUCUUGCUGCUCAAGAUGAUUUUGGAAUAAUUGACAACUGGUAAAUCUCAGAUGGUAAUAUUUACCAAUGGGAAUAAAUGAUUGCAGCUGUGUACAUGUAAAAUGUGUUCAAACUUUCAAGGUGAUGUACUCAAGUGAAUAACAUACCAAAGGGCUUGGAGUUCUUGAACAAGUGUGGCAUAACCAUGUAACACACUCCAAGUUUUCAGUUAUUUUCUUGUUAAAAGUAGGAUUGCUCCAGAAUGUGAAAACUUGCAAGAGGUAGAUAGGAAAAAUCUUCAACUGUACUGGCCCUUUUUGAUUACAUGACCUGCUUUCAGCCUUUGAGUUAUAUAAUGGUGCCAUUUUAAGAUACAGCCAGUCUUAAAAAAGUAUGAGUGAAAGGGGUCUGUACCAUUCAUCAAGUGUAAAUGUUAAUUUUAAAGUGAAUGAAGCAAAUAUUUUUGAAAACAGUCAAAAUACUUCAUUGUCAUUAGGCCCUUUGAUAAUGACCUUUUCAAAACGUGAUUCAGUAGCCAUGAGAAUAUAUAUAAAAUUGUAAAGUUUUUCCCAGAUUUUACCUUAACCCUAUUUUCCCUGCAGAACUUCAAAGUGCACCUUUAAAAGCAAGUUUGUGGAAAGGUACAUAUGUUAAUACAUUUACAAAACCAUAUAUAUUAGAACAUUUACAUUAAAAAGCACUGAUGUUAUUUCUGCACUCAUUACUUGACAGCCUCUCGAGACCUUAGACAAACUGUAAACAUAUCUCAACUUUUAGUUUUUAUCAUUGUGAAACAUCACCAAAGAUACUUGUGUUGAACUUUAAAAUGUUACACAGAUACACAUACACUCUCACACUUGAUCGGCAGUUGAAAGAUGACCAUUAUCAAUUUUUGCUUUGUCCCUUUUGUUGUGUUUGUAGAGUAAUUAUGAAGAAUUUUUUUUUCUUAGACAUGCAUCCGUUAAAGAGCUCAUUGAUUAGCUCUUGAAAUGAGGUCACCAACUGCAGGGGUGAAACCAAAGAUAACAGUGGGAAAAUCAUGCUAGAGUUGGAUUUUGCAUUUUUCAUUAACUGCUGUGUAUAUUCUGUUUAUACCUCAUGUACAGUGUCCAUGUAAUCUAUGUCUUGUCAUUCCUGUUCUGUAUUGUCAGAAAAUAUUGUGCUGAUGUUGUGUAAAAGAACAGUAUCAAUGUGAAUCCUUGCAAGCAAUACUCGUCAGAUAAUAAUCAUGAGGUUAGGGGUUUAACGGACAUUGAAAUAUUUCUGUUGCUCUGAUGUUCUCAUGGUUGCUCAGCUUAUGGUAUCUGUGAUACAGCUUUUAAAAAUAAUGCUACUGGCGAAUAUGAAACAAUACUGGCAGCAGUGUCCUGCUGAAGAAUACUAAACACUAUUUUAGAAAUGUAAAUAUGUAAAUAUGUACAACUGUCAAUGAACUGUCAAUAAAGUCAAAAAUACCUGAAUAAA